AUGGCGAUAUUCAAACCCAGUAUACCAGGAACUGCCCAACACUUUCUGGAGUGCGACACUGAAGACUGUGAGACAAACUGUGAAUUUUAUUGCAAUUCUUGCCAUCAACGGAUGUGUAAUCAAUGCAGAAACCAACAUCUGAAAGGUGCAGAAAACAAGAACCAUCACGUUGUUCUAUACCAACAACGCAAACGACGACUUCCGGUGGAGAAAUGCAAGAUUCAUCAGACAAAGAAAAUAAAUAUUCUCUGUGUUGAAUGCAAUAUUCCUUUAUGUUCUAAGUGUACGACAGUGCAAGAUCACAGAGGCCAUAAAUUCGUUGGUUUAGAGACAAUUUAUGCAGAAAAGUUUACACUAUGCCAAGAGAGAAUCUAUAAAAUCCAUGAAUAUUUUCUACCUACGUCACAAGAUCUACAAAGAGAAAUUAAACGGGAUGAAACAGAAAUAAAGAAGAUCAUGGAGAGCAUACGGACAUCAAUGAAGGUUGAAGCUGAGUCUCUCAAAAACACGGUCGAUAAAGUAUUGGCUGAAAAUACAGAAAUACUAAACAAAAUAGAGUAUACAAUGAAUGAAAAAUUAAAGAACCAGGGCCAGAUGUUUACAGAUUACAUGAACUAUCUCAAUGACCUUGUCAAAAAAUUUCAAGGAUUCCUUUCCUCAACAGAGCUCACAAUUUUAAUUCCAGAAAUUUCAGAAGAGAAUCUGAAAAUCAGAAAUAUACCAGAGACAUCAAAACCAGCAAUUCCAGUAUUUACUGCUGGUCAAUACAGCAAAGAUGAUGUUUCUAAAUUGUUUGGUAAAAUAAGUGUUAAAGAGGCAAGGGAAGAGAUGAGAAAAAUAAAGCCGAUGGAAGGUUUUCCAUCCUCAGCGUCUGCGAAAUCUACAAGAAAACAGUCAGAACAAGACAGAUAUAUGAAGUCUGAUGUGACAAAAACAAUUUCCCUUUCUUCCUGUGUCACUAAAGUCAGGGAAUUCAAUUUACUAGGCGUAUGUAGUGCCUGCCAUAUAUCAUUAGAUCAAUCAGGCAGACUCUGGGUCAGUGACUAUAGUGGCAAUCUUGUCCAAACAGACCGAGAGGGUAAUCAGUUACAGAGGGUAAGAACUAGUGGUGGACAUGGUUACCACACUGUCACAGAGGAGGGGGAUCUAAUCUUUACAGACCAAACCAACAAGCUUAUUAAAAGAAUAGAAAUGAAUAACAAAAUAUCAACAUUUUUUACAACAGGAGAUUGGAAACCAGUUAGCAUAUACUUCUCACACAUCAAUGGGGACAUACUGGUGGGGAUGAUAAACUAUGGCAAAGAAGAGGCUAAAGUAGCCAGGUACAAUAAAGCAGGAACAGAAACACAAAACAUACAGAGGGAUGACAAAGGUCAGAAACUGUUCAGUGAACCACGGUGCAUCACAGAAAACAUCAAUGGAGACAUUUGUAUAUCAGAUUAUCCUAAAGAGGCAGUCGUAGUGGUGAAUAAAUCAGGACAACAUAGAUUCUCAUACACAGGUCAAGAGUCAAGUAUCUGGCCCUACGGAAUCUGUACUGAUAUCCUGGGUCAUAUCCUUGUGUGUGAUGGAUUCAGUAAUAGAGUUCACCUCCUUGACCAGGAUGGUCAGUUUUUGUCUUAUCUUCUCUCAAAACAACAAAGAGUAGAAUCUCCCCGUAGUGUAUGUGCAGAUGAUGACAAUAAUGUUUACGUAGGGCAGCUCACUAACACUGUGAAAGUGUUUAAGUAUCUCCAGUAGCCCUUACUCUGUCAGAAAAACACAGCUUAGAGGAACUUUGAACAAAGAACCAAUUACAGUCCAGACAACAAUCUAUUUUGACUGCUACCUAAGUCUUCCAAUCAGUUGUAUAAAAUAUUUUUUUAAAUAUAAACAGAAAAGUGAGGUUUCGUCUAUCGCCGCACGACAACAACGUAACUGACGUCUUCAUGACGAAACUUUUGGCAAUCAUUUUCAGUUCAUCCACAAAUCUAUACACAUUUUCUUUAUUCUACACUGCCAACUUUAAAUAUUUUUUUUUUUAUGCCGCUGUGCGUAAAUCUAACUUAGCGUCAGAUUUAAGAGUAAGUUACGUUAAAGGUUGGAUGGUCCUCCACGCACUUCUUCCUUGCGUCUGUGUAUUCUUGAAACUUUCAUUUACAAAAGUAUUUUAUGCAUUUUCUUUUCUUUACAAAGCAGUGGCGGA